GUGGGACUGUUUGUGAUGCCGCUGGAGUUUGUGUGGAUGAUAGACUCGUGCUGGAUCUUUGGCGUCUCCGUGUGCGCCUUUCUGAACUUUUUCGCCUUCCAGCUGACGUGCGCGUCCGUCCACAACGUGGUUCUCAUCGCGGUGGACAGAUACCUGGCUCUGAGUAACCCUUUCAUGUACACCAAACAGAUCACUGUCAAACUCACCGUCAUCGUGGCCCUGUUGAACUGGUUGUUUUCGUCAGCGUACAACUUUGCCAUUCUGUACUGCAACGGUUUCUUCACCCACGCACUGACACUGUGCCCCAGCGAGUGCCCUGUCGCCGUGAAUGAAGUGUGGUCCUGGGUUGAUUUUGCUGUCGUGUUUGCCAUACCAUGCUCCAUUAUGUUUGUGUUGUACUUGAAAAUCUUUGCCAUUGCUAGAAAACACGCCAUGGCCAUCAGGGCAGCCAACGCGCAGGGCAAUCCAAACAACAACAGACAGACGAGUCACAACGUCCCCAAACGCUCUGAGAGGAAAGCUGCCAAGGUGCUUGGAAUACUCGUGUCUGUGUUCUUGUUGUGUGUUGUCCCGUACUACAUUGCCAGUCUCCUGGCCGAUUUCAUAAGCGGGGAUGCAUUUGACUAUGUGUUGAACGCCACAUCACUUAUACUCUACUUGAACUCUUUAUUUAACCCCAUCAUUUAUGCUCUGUUUUACCCAUGGUUUCAGAAAAGCAUGAAACUGAUUAUGAGGUGUCAUAUAUUCAGCCCAGAGUCCUCGCUCAUGCAGUUGAAAUGA